UAAACGUUUAGUUUGAAAAGUCUUCUACCGGAAGUACUCGCCGGGUGGGUUUCCACUUCCUUGCUAUCCAGACAGUGUUGACAGCGCUGCACAAUGAAACUACUCACUUUACUAAGCUUAUUCGUAACAUAUUUAGUUACGGACUGCAUUAAUAUCGAGAAUACAGCGGGGCAUUUCUUCAGCAGCGGUCAUACAAACAACUGGGCUGUUCUGGUGUGUACCUCCAGGUUCUGGUUCAACUACCGACAUGUGGCCAAUUCACUGUCCGUGUACAGGAGCGUUAAAAGGCUGGGCAUCCCUGACAGUCAUAUAGUUCUGAUGCUGGCGGACGACAUGGCUUGUAACCACAGAAAUCCCAAACCGGCCACAGUGUUUAGCCACAAGAACAUGGAGCUUAAUGUGUACGGGGACGAUGUUGAGGUGGAUUACCGUGGAUACGAGGUGACGGUGGAGAACUUCCUGCGAGUUUUGACCGGACGGCUUCCCCCCAGCACUCCUCGCUCCAAACGCCUCCUGUCUGAUGACCGCAGCAACAUUCUCAUAUACCUCACUGGCCACGGCGGAAAUGGCUUCCUGAAGUUCCAGGACUCGGAGGAGAUCAGCAACGUGGAGCUGGCUGAUGCUUUUGAGCAAAUGUGGCAGAAAAGAAGGUACAAUGAGCUGCUGUUCAUCAUUGACACCUGUCAGGGCGCCUCCAUGUAUGAGAGGUUUUACUCUCCAAACAUCAUGGCUUUGGCCAGCAGUCAGGUCGGGGAAGACUCCCUGUCGCACCAGCCAGAUCUGGCUAUAGGAGUUCAUUUAAUGGACCGUUACACCUUCUACCUGCUGGAGUUCCUGGAGGACAUCCACCCUGCUAGCAAAGCCAACAUGAACGAUCUGUUUAAAGUUUGUCCCAGGAGUCAGUGCGUAUCCACUCCGGGCCAUCGCACCGACCUGUUCCAGAGGGAUCCGGGAAGCGUCCUCAUCACAGACUUCUUCGGUAGCGUCCGCAAAGUGGAGAUCACCACUGAAGCUGUAAACUUAACAGACCCUAUCAAGCAGGUGGAGGAGAGCCCUGUGGAUGGAGAGGCGCGUGAAGAGAUGUACUCAUACAUGGACCAGCUGCCAGUGUCUGAGAUCAUCCAUCAGAAACCAAAGCAGAAAGACUGGCAUCCUCCUGAUGGUUUCAUCCUGGGCCUGUGGACUUUAAUCCUCCUGGUGUUUUUCAAGACCUAUGGUGUCAAACAUCUAAAACACAUCUUCUGAAGAUUCAGCGUUGGCACAGCUGGACAUCUGAGGAACUGGGAGUCUUUCCUGAAGGGAUAUUUGGGAAGAAAGUGCAGUUUAUGAUGGGUUUAUAAACCUGGUGUGGGAAGAUUAGCAAGAGAAACUACUGAUUUGUACAAAACCCCAUAAAACUAAUGGUGCCUUUUUUGUGUUUUAAUUGUAAAGGCUUUCUGUUCAUGUUUAGUGAGCCAUGCAAGGAACUUAGAUGAUGUACCUUAGAAAGAUCUGUCAAAUGUUUCCAUUAGAGUCUGUUUUCUGGUGUGGACAAUAUUUUUUCCCAAAAGGCCAAAUAAGCAGCUGUAGCUGUUGUUGAGGGCCAAACUCCUUGUUGUAAAUAUGUUUUAAUAAACUUUAGUGUUAACAUUUGAACUGAACAUUACAAUGCGCCUACAAAUCUGACAUGCAAAUGAUUGCAAAUAAAAGUGUUUUUUUUUCCAAAUAAAUGCAGCAUGUCCAGAUUGACCUGCUGAAUUAACAUUUUA